AUGCCGGAUUCACCGUGCAUUCCUUCCCAAACAGCUACACUGGAGAACGAGGAAGGGCUCCCCACUGAUACAAGUGUCGUUGCACAAUCCUUGGGUCCCCAGCUAGAUACUGGUAACCAGUACGUUAAAUAUCGUCAGAAAUUCUGGCAGUUAUGGUUACCGAGGGACCCACCUCCACCGCCACCUUUUUUCUUCGAGGAUGCUCAACUAACGCCGCUUGCUAAUGCUUCCAUCUGCUCUCGGCUCACCUACUCGUGGAUGACAGAACUGAUGGUCCUUGGCUACCAGCGCACCCUCCUGGCAUCAGAUUUAUACGAGCUAGAUUUCUCGAGGCAGGCUGGGCCCCUCGCAGAGAAGCUCGAAGCUGCAUGGAAAAUGCGCGUCAAGGCGGCAGCCGAUUGGAAUGCUGAGUUAGACCGGGGCGAAAUACGCCCUUCAGUCGUGAAACGGGUGCUAUGGGCUUUCCGUGCGAUUCCAUUGCAAAGUGGGCCUCAAAAACAUACUUAUUCUGAGCGUUAUGCUGAACUGGAACAAUCCUGGAGGGAGGUAGGAGGGAAGAAAGCUCCGAGUCUUGCAUGGGCUCUUAAUGAUGUAUUUGGAUGGUAUUUUUGGCCUAGCGGAGUUUUCAAGGUGGUCGGAGAUGUAGCUCGGUUGUUGGGACCUCUUGUUCUCAAAGCCAUUAUAUCAUUCGCUGAGCAGCGUUCAACCGCUCGCUCGGCUGGUGAACCGCUCCCUAACGUCGGUCGCGGUAUCGGCAUGGCGAUAGGUUUAUGGGUCUUGACGAUUGUGACUAGCGUGUGCACCAAUCAGUUCUUUUGGCACUCCAUGGAAACGGGUAUCCUUGCGCGUGCUGCUCUUAUUGCAUGCAUCUAUAAGCGUGGUGUUAAGCUGACCGGAAAGGAGCGCGUAAAGCUUACGAAUGCUGCCUUGAUCAACCAUAUUUCUACAGACGUGAGCAGAGUGGAUGCAUGCGCCCAGUGGUUUGUGACUUGGACGGCACCGAUUCAAGUGACUAUCUGUUUGAUCAUACUCUUAGUGGAAUUAGGGCCGUCUGCUCUGGCGGGUUUCUCUUUGUUUGUUCUUAUCAUUCCCUUGCAACAGUGGUUGAUGAGGCUACAACGCCGGAUUCGCCUCCGGUCCAUGGUGUGGACGGAACGUAGGACCAAGGUGUUAUUGGAGGUUUUGGGGGCGAUGCGCGUUAUAAAGUACUUUUCCUAUGAAGUGCCCUAUCUACACAAGUUGUUUUCUCUGCGUAAAAAGGAGUUGAACGAGAUCUGUAGAAUCCAAAUCCUGACAAGUGCGAGUUUUGCUUUGGGGACAUCCUUACCGGUUCUCGGAACGACGCUAGCUUUCGUCACGUACACGCUCACGUCGCGCAACUUCAACACGGCAAUCAUCUUUUCCAGUUUAAGUUUGUUCCAGCUUCUUCGCCAACCAAUGAUGUACAUGCCACGUGCCCUUGCUGCAAUCCCAGAUGCUGCCUCUGCUCUCGAGCGUCUAUCAGAUAUUUUCCACGCAGAGCUUAUUGCAGACGAGCCGCUGGUGAUCCAUAAGUCUCAAAAAGAAGCGGUCCUUGUCCGUAAUGCGACAUUUGAAUGGGAGUCAUCUGAGAAGAAUGACCGGAGUGUUCCAGAUAUCGCGUCCGGGGAAAGGAGGGAUGGGGCGCGUGGCGGAAGUGGUUGUCACAGAAGUCGCCGGGGGAAGGCUGGCGAGGGGAAGGACAAGCUACGUAAAGAUGUGCCUGUGUUCAAGGUGCAGGGUGUCAACUUGGCUAUUCCCCGUGGUUGUUUGACCGCAAUUGUGGGCCCCGUUGGCAGUGGGAAGUCAAGUCUUUUGCAGGGCAUCAUAGGUGAGGUGCGAAAAGUGUGUGGUGAUGUCUCGGUCGGUGGUAGGGUGGCAUAUUGCUCUCAGACAGCUUGGAUCCAGAAUGCCACGCUAAGGGAAAACGUGUUGUUUGGGCAACCAUUCAAUGAAGAGAGAUACUGGCAUGUGAUUGAGUUGUCGUGUCUCCUCCCUGAUCUAGCAUUACUGCCAGAUGGCGACUUGACAGAGAUCGGGGAAAGAGGGAUCAAUUUGAGUGGUGGCCAAAAGCAACGUGUCAAUAUUGCGAGGGCGUUGUACUUUAAAUCUGAAAUCGUCAUUUUCGAUGACCCACUUUCUGCUGUUGACGCUCACGUCGGCAAGUCUCUUUUUGAAGAUGCUAUCCUCUGCUCGCUUCGCGGUCGUGGAGUGACAGUUCUUCUUGUUACACAUGCUCUCCACUUCCUUCCUCAGGUCGAUUACAUAUACACAAUGAAGGAUGGCGUGAUCGUUGAGAGAGGGACGUUCGAUGAGCUGCUGGAACGGAACGGAGAAUUCGCAAGGUUGGCCCAAGAAUAUGGUGGUCACACCGAGCGUGUGGGUGAGGCCGUUGAGGAAGACGAUGUUAGUGACAAUCUUGCAUUGCAAAAUAAGGACGUGACAAUCGAGGAUGUGAAGCUUAAGUCCACCAAAACACGUGAACGAGUGGAGGGGAAGGGAAAGGUUGAAGGCCGGCUAAUAGUCAAGGAACGGCGUAACACGGGAUCCGUAUCCCUCAAAGUACAUUGGGCAUACCUGGUUGCUGGGCGUGGUGCUAUUAUGCUACCGCUCAUUAUAAUGCUCAUGAUCGUGAUGCAGGUAAGUCAGAUCAUGGGUUCGUACACCCUCGUUUGGUGGGAAUCAAAUACCUGGAACCGUCCCAACUCGUUUUAUCAAAUCCUAUAUGGAUGCUUCGGUAUCGGACAAGCUUUGUUCACUUUCUUCGUCGGUGCGAGUGUCGACCUUAUGAGCUAUUUUGUCUCCCAGAACCUACAUUACCAGUCUAUGAGAACGGUAUUCCAUGCCCCUGUCUCAUUUUUCGAUACCACCCCAGUGGGCAGAAUCCUGGGCGUAUUCGGAAAAGAUGUGGACAGUGAGUGGUUCCUUGUUCUUGCGAAAACAAUGUUUUUUAUCAUCCUUACAAUGUCUUUAGUUCUGGGGUCUGUAGUGGUCGUUUCCAUUCUGGAACCAUAUUAUCUUGCCGCUGUGGUGAUUCUCUAUCUAGGCUACAGCUACUUGGUUGGGUUUUAUCGUGCUAGCGCUCGAGAAGUCAAGCGACUAGAUUCGAUGCUCCGCUCCCUGCUGUAUGGCCACUUCUCGGAAACAUUCACAGGCCUUUCUACCAUACGCGGUUACGGAGAGAUGAAAAGAUUCGUCAAGGCUAAUAGAUAUUACAUCGAUCUAGAGAAUAGGAGCUUAUACCCAGUCAUCGCGAACCAGAGAUGGCUUGCUGUCAGGCUUGAAUUCAUGAGCGCCACGCUUACGUUCCUCGUUGCGUUGCUUGCGGUCACGGAUGUGUCUGGUAUUAACGCGGCACAGAUCGGCCUGACGUUGACUUAUACCAUGAUAUUGUCGCAAAUGCUUUCCUUUGUGACGAGGCAGACGGCGGACGUCGAGAACAACAUGAAUUCGGUCGAGAGGAUUUUACAAUACACCAGGGAAGAAACCGUUCCCCAAGAGGCUCCCCACGAGAAACCUGAAGUUAAGCCCCCAGCUGACUGGCCUCACGAAGGCGCCAUAGAAUAUAAGGAUGUACAGAUGAGUUAUAGACCAGGACUGCCAAACGCCCUUCACGGGAUCUCGCUUUCUAUUCAAGGAGGCGAGAAGAUCGGUAUCGUCGGAAGGACGGGCGCAGGGAAAUCUUCUUUGAUGCUGGUGUUGUACAGAAUUGUGGAGUUAUCGGGUGGAUCUAUCAUUUUGGACGGCAUCGAUAUAUCGACUUUGGGAUUGAAGGAUCUUCGUACCAAGAUAUCUAUCAUACCUCAGGACCACCUUCUUUUCAGUGGUACGAUUAGGUCGAACUUGGAUCCUUUCAACCAAUACGACGAUGCCAAGUUAUGGGACGCGCUAUACAGGUCGUGUCUUGUCGACCGGCCGUCCCUCAAAGCAGAAGAAGAGACGCGCGCGAACCGAUAUACCUUAGAAACCGUGAUCGAGAGCGAAGGUGCCAACUUGAGCGUCGGUGAGCGAUCGCUGCUCAGCCUUGCACGUGCACUCGUGAAGGAUUGCAAGGUCGUUGUCCUUGACGAGGCUACUGCAUCUGUUGACUUGGAGACCAACAACAAGAUCCAGCGUACCAUCGCGACAGAGUUCCGAGAUCGUACAUUGCUUUGCAUUGCGCACCGUUUGCGUACGAUCAUUUCUUACGACCGCGUUCUUGUUAUGGACGCCGGUAUGGUCGCUGAAUUUGAUAUACCUUAUAAUCUGUACCAGAAAGAGGGAGGUUUAUUCAGGGGGAUGUGUGAGGGGAGUAAUAUCACGUUGAAGGAUAUCGAGGCGAGUCGAUAUGGGAUGAUGGCAGAUGAGUACUCCCAGUGAAAAGUUGAGCUAUCAUAGUUCUGGCGUGUCCGAGAGUCUCUUCGAUAAGGAGUAAGUCGAGUCGGUCGGUAUCCCUCGCGCGAUUGUACGAAGCUAUGUUCUGCCCUCGUAACACGCCUACUCCUCUCUGAACCGCCCACCUCGUUGGUUGCCUUUGGCGCUGGGAAACAGGUUGAGGCCCAGGUGAAUCUUCAUAUCCGUGCAUUUCCGACCAUUAAGCGAUGUACGAUCGUCAAUCGUACAAAGAAUACGCGUUUGGGAAACCUGCUUUCCGUGCUGCGUCAAUCGCGCCGUCUGUCGUCUUUGAAGGACUUGUGUUAGACGAUAAGACCAACGUCCAAAGCGUCGUAGGCCAUGCGAACGUAACUUGCACAGCAAUAACGUCCG